AUGGCAAACACUUUGAAUAACGCCAACAAGGCCGCUUGGCUCACCGAGGCCAAGCAGAACCCAUUCAAGGUUGAUCAUGCUCCCAUGCCAUCUGCUGGUCCAGAUGAGGUCGUCGUCAAGAACAAGGCUGUGGCAGUGAAUCCUGUCGACUGGAAAAUCCAGGACUAUGGCCUGUUCAUUCAAAAUUUCCCCAACGUGCUCGGUACCGAUGUUGCCGGUGAGAUCUAUGAAGUCGGUUCAGACGUCAAGAACUUCAAGAAGGGCGACAGGGUUCUUGCCCACUGCAUUGGUCUUGGUACAGGCAAGCCUCAAAACGCUGGUUUCCAGCUCUUCUCAGCAGUUCCCGCCAUCCUGACCUCCAAGAUUCCCGAGCAAACCUCGUUUACCGAGGCCACUGUUCUGCCUCUGGCUAUCUCGACAGCAGCAGCUGGUCUCUACCAGAAGGGUUAUCUUGAGCUUCCAUACCCGACGGCAUCUCCUAAGUCAUCAGGAAAGGUCAUUCUAGUCUGGGGAGGUUCCAGCAGUGUUGGCUCAACCGCCGUCCAACUCGCUGUAGCCAGUGGCGUCAAGGUUGUCACCACUGCCUCCAAGCACAACCACGAUUACUGCUCCAAGCUGGGUGCCACGACUGUCGUCGACUACAACAGCUCUUCAGUCGCCGAAGACAUUGUUUCUGCCAUCAAGGAUACCGGCGCAGAGUUCGCUGGUAUCUACGACAGUAUCUCUCUGCCAGAAACUUUCAAGCACUGCUUCGAGGUCCUGCAGAAGGCUGGUGGUAGCAAGAACAUGGCCACUGUUCUCCCACCUCCUGAAGACAAGCCCUCCGACAUCAAUGUCCAAGGCGUCUUUGCAAUCACCAUCGCCACCCAACAGAAGGAAGUUGGUGAAGCCGUCUGGCAAAAGUUUGUGCCUGGUGCCAUCCAGAGUGGAGAUCUCAAGUGCUUGCCCGAGCCCUUGGUUGUCGGUCAAGGCCUGGAGAGCGUGCAGAAGGGUCUUGACAAGAACAAGGCUGGUGUCAGUGCUAAGAAGGUGGUCAUUGAGCUGUGA